ACAGAAAGAGCGUUAAAGGUAGAGAAGGAGAGAGGGGGACCGGACGAGAGACGGAAUGAUGUGACAAAACCCAGCUUUACGGAUGAUUCAGGGUAUUUUGAGGGAGCUGUGGUGAUACGGAAGCGUUAUGUGUCGAAGUGGGAUUGUUUUUUUGUGAAUGAGGCCUCGAACAUCCGAUUCAUUUGUUAUCAUCCGAUUAUUUUUGCUGACCCCAGACCUGUGUUUGUUUGUGUAAAUAUUCGCGAGAUGAAGAGGGUGAAUAGUUUCCAGAGGUUUAUGAACACACGGGCAGCUGCAAACUGCCGUUACCAGCCCACAUGUUAUGAGCACGCCGCCAACUGCUACACCCAUGCGCUGCUGAUCAUGCCAGCGUUUGUGGGCAUGGCUCUUUUACACCGGCUGUCAGAUGACCGCUGGGAGAGAUUUACAGCCUGGGUGUACGGCAUGGGUCUGAUCGCCCUGUUCCUCGUCUCUACGGUCUUUCACAUCAUCUCCUGGAAGAAGAGCCACAUGAGGACGAUGGAGCACUGUUUCCACAUGUGUGAUAGAGUUGUUAUAUACUUCUUUAUUGCUGCCUCUUAUACACCAUGGUUGAAUCUCCGGGAACUCGGGCCGCUUGCCGCUCACAUGCGCUGGUUUGUGUGGUUGAUGGCGGCUGCCGGAACAAUCUAUGUGUUUAAUUACCACGAAAAGUAUAAGCUGGUGGAGCUGAUGUUUUAUCUGACCAUGGGCUUCUUCCCUGCGCUGGUGGUGACAUCAAUGACGAACACGGAGGGUCUGAGUGAGCUGGCGUUCGGGGGUCUGGUCUACUGUCUGGGAGUGUUUUUCUUCAAGUGUGACGGCGUGAUUCCCUUCGCUCACGCUAUCUGGCACGUGUUUGUGGCGCUGGCGGCCGCCAUUCAUUACUAUGCCAUCUGGAAAUACCUGUACCGCAGUCCUGCGCUGGAGGACAUCAGAGACGCCUGAGCCACAAACAAACAACUAACUCAUCAUCAUCAUCAUCAUCAUCAUCAUCAUCAUCAAAAACACCAACGUUUACCAGGAUGACCAUGCAAUGUUUACGGUUUUCUUACCAGCUCAGAGUAUAUCCGUCUGUCUGUCUGUCUGUCUGUCUGUCUGUGUGUGUGUGUUGCAGUGCUGAAUGUACAACUGCAACAAGACUGCUGUGUGUGUGCGCGUGCAUUUGUUUUUCCCCCCUUUUCAUCAGUAUUAUGUAAAUAUUUGCCACUGAAAGCAGAUGAAUUGUGAUAUUUACUGAUUUUAUUAGAUUUUUUGGGCGUGCAUUCAGUCUCACACACACAUUCAGUAGUUGUUUCAGAUCAUCUGUAAUGAAUUUUUUUAUUCAUCUUACGACAUCAGUGUUUGGUUAAGAAAGUAAUAUAUCACGAUCUGUAAACGGUAACACUUAUGGUAACAAUAAUGUUGUGUUAAUGUUAUUGUGUUUGCUGACAUGAACAAACAAGCAAUCUUAAAAAUGGUAGCAUAAUAAGAUUGUUUAAAUUAAUUUCAUUUUGCUUUGUUAAUGUAUUUACUAACAUAAACAAACAAUGAGCGACACAUUAAUCACAGUAUUUAUUCAUCAUUAAGAUUAAUUAAUGGAAGUAAUGUUGUUCGUUGUUAAUCACCGUUAACUCAAAGCGCAAUAACUAAUGAUACAAGCACAACUUAAGAUUUUACUAAUAUAAUGGUAAAUGAUUUAUAAAUACCGUAUUGUUCAUUAGUAAACACAGUAACUAAUUAAAAAUUAUUGGAAAGUGUGGCCAUUAAAACAUUCUAAA